CCGAUGAUGUCAGUUCUGGCGGGUGUUUACAAAGAGACAGACAUAUAAAAUACCUUAUAGCUUAAAAAUGUCAAACAAAAGAAGUGAAUUAGAAAUAAGUGAAAAUAAAAACAAUGAUCCAAAAGCCACUGAAAUAUCAACAGUUUCUUUAAAAAACAGAGCCAAACAACUUUUCAGUAACAUAACUGUUGAGCCAUUUUUACUAUGUUACUUACUACCAAUGAUAAUAAAUGGUACAGCAUUGCUAAAAUUUCAUAUAUUGAAAGCGUGCCGUGCGGAUUUAGGUUAUUCAGAAAGUAUUUGUGAAAAUGUUGUUAAUGGUAACGUACCUGAUAACAUAACAGCUGAAGCUUCGAAUGGAGCACAAAUAUUUGUAGCUGAUAUGCUUGCGUGGACACAGCCAUUGCAGACGGGAUUACCAGCUUUUAUAGUUCUCUUUAUUGGAGCUUGGAGUGAUAAAACUGGAAACAGGAAAGCUUUGAUGAUCAUACCUUUAUUAGGAGAAAUUAUAUCCUCAUUUGGUUUAUGUAUUGCUACGUAUUUCUUCUUGGAAUGGCCGCUGUGGGUCACAGGUUUAAUUGAAGCACUCCCGUCAGCACUUUCAGGAAGCUUCGCAGUUGCUUUCAUGGGAUCAACUAGCUAUAUUGCGGAUGUAACGACAGUGGAGUCUAGAACAUUGAGAAUGGGAGUUGUAGUACUUAUAGUUUCCGUGAGUUUUCCUCUAAGUAUUGCUCUUGGUGGUUACUUGACCGAAGUACUUGGCUACUUAUGGUUGUUUAUAGCGACGACACUUUUAUCUAUUAUUGGAUUUAUACACACAUGUUUUAAUAUUAAAGAUGUCAGACGUCAACCACUGCAAGGAACAAUUUGGAGCAAGCUUACGCAAUUUUUUAAUUUCGAAAUUUUACUGUCAUUUCUAAAUUUGUUUCGCGGGAAGAAGCUUCUUCGUGUAAUACUAAUUCUUGGUGCUUAUAUAGAUAUAAUUGGACCAAUUUUUGCUGUAGGAAAUUUGAAAAAUCUAUACGCCCUCAAAAAGUAUGGAAUGACUAACGCCGCGUUCAGUAUAUUCACAACAUAUUCCCAAGUAUUAGGAAUGGCAGGCACCGCAAUUGUUAUUGUGGUUUUCAGCAAAUACUUGAAAAUGCAUGACACACUUCUUGGUGUUAUUAUAUCAAUAAGUAAAAUAUUAGGAAACAUUUUCUUUGCCUUGGCCCCGAACGUUGGGUGGUUUUAUGUCGCACCUAUUAUUGAUAUGUUUGGGAACGCCGGAGGUUUAGUCGCCAAAUCAUUUGGAACGAAAAUCGUUGAAGUUCACGAAAUUGGAAAAAUCUGUUCCCUUCUUGCAUUUAUGGAAUCAAUAAGUCCAGUAAUAUACUCACCUCUAUUCACUAAGGUAUAUUCGAUAACCCUUAACACAAUGCCAGAGGCUUUCUUCUACCUUGGCGGUAUCAUGACUGUACCUGGUCUAUUCGCUUAUUUAGCUCUCUAUUUCUUGCAUAAAAGAGAUGAAAGAGACGUCGUAAAGAAUCCCGAAGCAAAAGAGGAGCACGCGCAUGAAAAUUCAGUUACAGUUCUAUGAUCAGCGGGAACUCCCUGGAGUAGUACUGUGCAUAUAUUUUAAGAACUACGUUCAUUUCCAUUCUUUAAUUUCAUGAAGUGGAAUUCAAUAUAAUAAAUCAAAUUAAUGGCGCCAAAAGAUGGCGCCUAUUUGACAUAAGCCAUAGAGUAAACAAACUUCGGUGAUUUGACAUUGGACUCGCACCGUAAUUACACAAACAAUGGUAUAAUAAUAUAUUCUAUGUUUAAUUAUGUUUACACAUCAUAUAAAUGUUUGUAAUUCAAAUAAUUCGAGUUUUUUUACAGUAAAGUUAUCUUUCCUGUAUCAUUUUUACUAACUAUUUAUUAGUGAGAAGGAACACGAUAUAGCAAAAGAAAUUGUUAAUUCAUAUUCAAAAAAUUUUCGUUUGUAUUUUUAUUUUUAAAAGGCGUUUUAUUUUUAAAAUUACUAUGUAAGUUUAUAAAGGCGCAAUUUUUGUACAGCUUAUCAACGACGCAGUUUAAUAACUGUUAUACGAAGAACAUUAUAAUGAAUUUUCAUAUGGUAGCCAGAAUGCAGUAUACAUAAUAGUGUUAAUAGUCAUCAAUAGGCUUAACACUGCUCUGAAAAUUUAUCUUGAAAAGCCGGACAUUGAGAUCAAUUCUUAGCCCCUUCCAGCCCAAACUAUUGAAUCAGCGGUAAUCGAACCCGAUAAAACAAAUAUUGCUUCUCUUGAAGAACUAAUUACGUUAAUAACUAAUUACCAUAAUAGCUAGGUCAUUAACUAAAUGAUAUUUUAUGAUUAAAUAUAAAUAAUAAUGGAAUUUGGAAUGAAGAAUACUAAAAUUAUCAAUUGUAUCGAAAUUCUUUUGUGAAAUAUUUUCGAAAUAACUUUGAAAAUCGUAAUACUAAUUAUUUAUACCCUUUUAUUA